AUGAAACUCGCAGUUCUUGUCAUUUCUCUUCUUGUUGCUUCCGGUAUGUUUCAAUAAUUUUCACUAUUGAGAAAAAAACGGGCUUCAAAUUUUAUUUUAAGCUUUUGGGGCUGGUUCCAGUUCCUCAACGACUGAAAAACCAUCCGGGAAAACUACGCCCAGUGGAGGAUCCACGGUUUCUGGGAAAUCAACUGCUUCUGGAGGAACGACCGGAGCUUCCGGAGCCACUACUGGUCAGUCAACAUUUCCACCGAAUCUCCAACUUUCAAAAUAAAUUCAGCCUCGUCUUGCGCCGAUGUUCCUUCAGCCAACUGCGCGAAUCUCAAAGCCCAAUGUUCGAAUCCUCAAUAUGUGCCGCUCAUGAAGCAGUGAGUUAUGAAGUUUUUUGGCUCGAUGUUAGCGAAGAAGUUGUGGUCAUCAGACUCGAUACGACUCGCGCGUCUAGACGUGGAAUAGUAUCAGAACUUGCUUCUAAGUUUCACUGUAGACGUUCAUCAAAGCGUUUGCUUUGCUUGGAUUUUCAAUUAUCUUUUCCAAUUUCAGAGCGAAAGAUUAAAUUUUAAGCGAGUUAAUCAUUCUAAUAAGUUCUCCAUUUUUAAUUGAACAUUUUUGCAAAUUGCUGUUUAAUCACCAUCAGAAAAUGUUUGGGAUCAAAGAAAAAAGUUUUUUUCGUGGGAUUGUUCGCGAUCUGCAAUUGCGGAACUUGUUCGAGAAAAUAAAGAAAAAUGCAUUGAAGAUACUGUCCGGCAACUUGCGGAUUCUGUGGAAGCAGCGGAGGAACGUCCGCCGGGACCGCAGCCCCGUGUGUCGAUUCGACACCGAAGUAAAACCUACUUUCGCCUUUUCAGAAUCUCAAGAAAAUGAACUUAUAGCUGCACUCAAUGGGCGGCCAACGGAUUCUGCACCAAUCCCUUCUACUCACCGGCCGACCGUAAAAAAUAUUGCGCCAAGACUUGCAAUCUUUGUUAA